GAUCUCGGUUUAGGAGGAGUUUGUGACUCCUGCAGCUCUCUCAGGACCUUUUUCUUUUUCUUUCUUUCUUUUAACGGAACGGUUUUCCACAACGUGAGAGUUGAGCGGUAACAAUCACAGGGACCUGGAGACUUUUUUUUUUGUCGUGCAAAGUUCCCAGUCUCUUGACCGGGUAAACACUUUCUGGGCAAUGAGCCAAACUAACCGAGAGUUAUCUUGUACCACAAUUUGCCCAGAGAGUGAGAAAUUAAAAACAAGCGACGCGGUGAGUGCUCACAGCAUGGCGCAAAACUCUGGAGAAAGUCGGGUGUAUUUCACCAAAAACUCAACAGAUUCAAUCACCUACAGGUCCGGACUUAGUCAUCCGCUUGUGUGUGACAUGGAAAAACACUGCUGUCAGACAGCUGCCGCUUCUCAGGAGGAGUUGUUAAACGCUGAGUCCCGUGUGGGCGAGAGCCGCUCUUUUUCUGCCUGCGCCACAAUCUCAGAAACAGCCAGGGAGCUCUGCAAAGCGGUGUCCGUGUCGCUGGGACUGACCAUGGAGUCCAAUGACACGUGUGACAUGGACCCAGCUCUCACCCAGUGCGCUCCAAAUGGCCACAUACGAGGAGGAGAUUAUUUGUUUGGAGUUGGAGCCGUGCCCCCGAACUGUCCCGGAGCUCAGGCUGCCGUCACCGACCAUGAUGACCGGCCCAUGCACGGCCAGAAGCAAUUGGUGGAAAUGUUCAAAAGUUCAGAGACUGUCGCUGCUGCUGAUUCUGCACGCCUGCAACACUUCGGCUCCGCUCGGACAUCAGCUGAUGAGCAAAACUUCACAUUGUGCAAGGUUGAUGACAUAACCUCAGAGGAGAUAGAUCAUCUGGACACAGUGCGCGCUCCCUCUUGCCAUUAUGCCCAAUCCGCGCCAGGCAACUUGGCACACUUCAGCCACGCGGAGAGGCCGUGCCGAGUCUAUAAACCCCCCGACGAAGAGAGAGACUUCGGGGAAACAAUGGAGAACAAGUUCGGUGGUUAUCAGCCCGAACAAUACGGCGUCAAAGUCAAAUCUGAGGACGAGUCCGAGUCUCUGUGGGGCACAAAUUACACCUUUAAUGACAAGUACAACUCUCAGCUUUGGGGAUCGAGGCAAUGCAUAAACGCACAUAACGCAGGAGCAAACACCGCGUUCAUGUGUGCUCCAUACGAGAGGAGCGUGGUGCGUCCGGAGCAGUGGUACCCAGGCGGGAUGCUGAGGCCGACCCAUCCCAACUCCAACUACAUGAAGACUGAAGUAGGCGAGUGGCUUGAUGUCGCCUACAAUGACACCAGGUAUGAGGCCGGCAGAGAGCACGUGUUCCCAAUGGAGUUCUUCUUCCCACCACAGAGGAUGUGCCUGAUCUGUUCAGACGAAGCGUCCGGCUGCCAUUACGGCGCACUCACCUGCGGGAGCUGCAAGGUUUUCUUCAAAAGAGCCGCCGAAGGGAAACAGAAAUACCUGUGUGCAAGCAAAAACGACUGCACUAUUGACAAGCUAAGAAGAAAGAAUUGUCCGUCCUGUCGGCUGAGGAAGUGUUUUGAAGCUGGAAUGACUCUCGGAGCACGCAAACUAAAGAAGAUCGGACAACAGAAAAACCCUGAAGAGGAUCAUUCUGUUCAGGAUCCUUCAGAAGUUAUCCCGAAUAUCUCUCCUAAAUCAGGCCUGAACUUCAACUCCCAGACGGUUUUCCUCAACAUUCUGGAGUCCAUUGAGCCUGAGGUGGUGAAUGCAGGACACGACUAUUGCCAGCCAGACUCAGCUGCCACCCUGCUCACCAGCCUCAAUGAGCUGGGAGAAAGACAACUGGUCAAAGUGGUCAAAUGGGCUAAAGGGUUGCCAGGUUUCAGAAAUCUCCACGUGGACGACCAAAUGACUGUCAUUCAACAUUCAUGGAUGGGGGUGAUGGUGUUUGCACUGGGAUGGAGAUCCUAUAAGAACGUCAACGGCAGGAUGCUUUACUUCGCCCCGGAUCUUGUGUUCAAUGAACAUCGGAUGCACAUUUCCACCAUGUACGAGCACUGCAUACGGAUGAGGCAUCUGUCACAGGAGUUCCUGCUGCUGCAGAUCUCUCAGGAAGAGUUCCUCUGCAUGAAGGCCUUGCUUCUCUUCAGUAUUAUUCCAGUUGAGGGUCUGAAGAGUCAGAAGUACUUUGAUGAACUGCGUCUCACCUACAUCAACGAACUCGAUCGCCUGAUUAACUAUCGAAUGACCUCCAAUUGUUCUCAGAGGUUCUACCAACUCACCAGACUCCUGGACUCUCUCCAAAUGACGGUAAAGAAGCUCCAUCAGUUUACAUUUGACCUUUUUGUCCAAGCUCAGUCGCUCCCCACGAAGGUCAGCUUUCCAGAGAUGAUUGGAGAAAUAAUCUCAGUACAUGUACCAAAGAUCCUGGCAGGUUUGGCCAAACCCAUCUUGUUUCACAAGUAGAAGGAGAAAAGUGACUCAUCUUUUGCUGCCUCCAUAAACUUUAACAAAGGUCCUCUUUACCUACAUCUUCAGUCUAAUAAUUCUUAGUCCUGGAACCAUCUCUUUCCCUUUCAGCCAUAAUUGAGAUAGUUUGUUCAGAACUAUUAAAGCUUUUAUCCGAGAAGCUGCAAGGCAUCACCUGUUGACAGCUCUGCUAUUUCUAAAUGUGUAGAGUUUGUGUUUUCAGCUGGAGGAGAGAUGCUACUUUACAUACACACUAAGUUUGUAAAUCAUUGUUAAAUCAACCUAAAAGUAGCAGGGUUAAAAACACGCUUCACAUGUGACCUUAAUUAUACAUACACUCGACAAGGUAUUCAUGAAAACUAAAAAGAGACAAACUGGAUCAAA